CUGGCAAUUUUCUUAAUUUCAUUUACAAUAUAGUUGAAAUAUUUAAAAGACUGAUAGGUAUACAAAAGACAAACUAACUUGAGUUCUCAUCACUUUAGUGUGAUUCUUGUAAUGAUUUUCUUGUGUUCCUCUAAUCAUAUAUAUACACACUCACAACAUGCACACUGACACACACUUGGCUUGUUAAUUUUAGUUUUAAAAUUGUCAUGCUUCUGAGUUUGUGAGGAUUUAAACAUGAACAUGUCAGCUUCUGAAUGCAGUAGCGGAUGUGAGUCCGGAUGGACUGCUUAUCUCGAGCAAUCGUCCAGGCCUGCAUAUGAUGAAACCCGAAAAAGUGGAAAAAGUAAAAAGGCUGGUUUGCAAGAAGAUAAGGAUUUGUCGAUGGUUUCUGAUGCAUCUUCAGGGCCUAGGCUUGAUCAUAAUAAUGAUGUUGAGGAAGGCGAUGAUUCUUUUAGGUACAAUUCGUAUUAUGUUUCUGCUUCAGAACAAGGAAAGACGAGGAAGCCUGUGAAGAAUUCUCAUCUUGAUGAUACUGCUAGCUCACCUGUUUCUAGCUCUCCUAAGGCAAGUUCCAUUAAACAUGAUAAACGCCCUUCAUAUUUAGCUGUAAUAAUGCUUUUAUUUAUGCGUCGAUGUCUAUGCAUAUAUUCUAGAAGAACUUGGCCCUUUCCAGCAACCAAUCUUCCCCAGAGAAGCAAAAACAAGAGAAAAUCUUUAGUGAAACGGCAUUCUGGAUUCUUGAAAUCCUCUGUUUCAGAGAAUGAAGUCUCACAAGCAUCAGGUGAUUUGCACGGAACAAAGUACAAAUCAAAAUGAUGUUAUUGUCUUCUGUCUCUUUUGCUGCAACUGCUCAAUCCCAGGGGAAGAAGAGAUAGAAGUGCAUUAUGUUUCAAGGCUCCGUUUCGAUUUUACUAUGUUAUUUCUCCGUGGUUCCUGUCAAUACAGUGGGGAACAUCUUCGAGCACACAGAAAUUCGUUAAAAGAUAAAAGAGAGAUGAGAUUCUGUUAUGAUUUACAGUAUUUUGUUUGUAUGCCAAGAUUAUAAGCAAAACAGAGCUAAGCCAAAUUACAAGCUCAUUAGCAAUAAUAAUGGUUUAAUUUGGUCUC